AUGGACGCGCAGGUGGACAUCAAGCCCUUCUUGUCCCCGAUCACCGCCAUUCCUAUCCAGCGGGGCCUCCACGGGCCCAGCACCUUUCAGGCAGCGGCGACGCAAUCGGAGCGCGGCGGCGCUCGAGUGCUAACCGGGGUGCAACCGCAAACUCUGGCGGAAGCGGCGUGCGUCCUCAACCGGGCAGCUUCGGAGCUGUCGGGUGGCAUCGGCGAUCGGACCUGUGGCGCCGACGAGGCAUCCGAGGGCACCUCGGCUCGUCGCCCUUGCCCUGCACCACGGUUGAGCAGGAAGUUCUGGGGCGCCGGCGAUUACGAUGCGGGGGCCGGGAGCUCUGCGCCACAGCCGACUGUGCAGAAUCGCAUGUGUGUUCACCCUGAAUUUCUCCACUCCAACGCGACUUCGCAUAAAUGGCCAUUUGGAGCGGUGGCAGAGUUGUUGGACAACGCGGUAGAUGAGAUUGAAAAUAGUGGUGCUACAAAAAUAUUGGUGGACAAAGUCAUCGACAACCGGAACGGAUCACCAGCUUUGCUAGUUCAAGAUGAUGGUGGAGGCAUGGAUCCUGAUUCCUUGAGGCGUUGCAUGAGCUUUGGAUUUUCAGAGAAACAAUCAGGAUCUUCGAUUGGACAAUAUGGAAAUGGAUUUAAGACUAGCACAAUGCGGCUCGGGGCAGAUGUUAUUGUUUUCAGCCGUUGCACAAAGAGCGGUGGGCCUACUCAAUCCAUUGGUCUCCUCUCUUACACUUUCUUGGUGGAAACUGGCCAGACAGAUGUUGUAGUUCCUGUGGUGGAAUACAAAUGCAAUCUAUUAAGAGGACAAACUACACGACUGGAGCGACAUGGUUCAGAACACUUCUCCUCAAAUUUGUCAGUGUUGUUGAAAUGGUCUCCUUUUGCAACAGAAGAAGAGUUAUUGAAGAAUUUCAGCGAUAUUGGCCCACAUGGCACCAAGAUUAUAGUGUUCAAUUUGUGGUCCAACGAUGAUGGUAAUUUGGAGCUCGACUUUGACACAAAUCCAGAGGAUAUUAUGAUUAGCGGCGCGCCAAAACCAGAAGAGAUUAGUAACGCUGUGAAAAGGACUAAUGAGAAUCAUUUGGCUAAUCGACUGCGCUAUUCUCUUAGGGUCUACAUUUCUGUCUUGUAUCUGGAGCUACCAGAUUACUUCAAAAUCAUACUUCGAGAAAAAGAAGUUAAGCGUCAUUGCAUUGCUGCUGAUAUAAUAUAUCCUGAAUGCAUCAGUUAUAAACCCCAAAUUUCCGGAAGACAAGAGGCUGAGGUUAUUACGAUCAUUGGAUUCUUAGAUGGCGCUCCAACAAUUAGCGUACAUGGAUUUAAUAUCUAUCAUAGGAAUCGCCUUAUUUUGCCGUUUCAUCGAGCUCUGAGUUCUGCAAGCAGUAAAGGUAGAGGUGUCGCUGGAGUACUUGACGCAGACUUCAUCAAGCCGACUCACGACAAACAGGACUUUGAGAAGUCACAGCUGUUUCAGAGGCUGAUGAACCGCUUGAGAGACAUGACUACCGAGUACUGGGAUAUCUAUUGUCACAAGAUCGGAUAUGGGAAAACGCCACGCGUGCGGGCGGCUCCCAUUCCUCCUCCUCGUCCUCCUCCAGUAAUGCUGCCAAUGGAGAGUGGUACUGCUGAACCAUUAGAGGGGACUGCACCUGCACCUGUAGUGUCAUUGCCACCCUUGAGACCCCAGGGCACCUGCGUGAACGCAGUUCCAAUUGCUAUUGCACCCCCUAGUUUUGGCUCAGCCCCUGCCGGUGCUGGAACAGCGGGUGUUGCACCACGAGCUCCUACUGGUCACUCCCCGUCAGACACGCAGAUCAUGCAAGCCAACCAGAGGACCUCAUCUUCCUUGGCUCCUGGCCCUGAUUUGAAAAGAAAACGGAGCGAUCGCGAUGCUGCUCUGACGGUUCCAUUAGAAAAGCGCGCCACGCAUGAUUUGGUCGGCAGCAGCUCCUCUGGUGACCAGAUGGCACAGGUAUGCCAGUAUACGCGAGAUCGAGAGCGGAGGGAGUUCUCCUUCCUGAAGAUGGAGAAUCGGAUGCUCCGUGAAGAGUGCUCACAAUUUGAGAUGCAAGAGAAGGAGCUACUGCAGAAGGAGCAGGAUCUGCAGAUCCAGAUUGACCAGGCGAAGGAGCAGUACAGCAGCCUGCUGAACGAGUACGUCUCGGUGGUGGCGGAGGCUCCGGCACCGAAACGAACCAAACCAUAGGCAGGCGUCCUCGUUUUUCUGAAGUCACCCCACCACGCCGCGCGAUUUGGUCGCGCUCGAGCUCUCUUGGACAUGUGGACAUGGACAUCUUCAGCGUGCCAGAGAACAGAGCGCGCAAGCAAGCAGCCAAACAC